UCUUACUUUAUUUGGCCACAAUCUCUCCAUGACAACCAGAAAUAGGGUGGGUGGUUCGUAUAAGAAACCACCCUAUUUCAUCUUUUUUCUGAUAGAAAUUGAAUGAAAGCUCCCUACUUGACAGUUGACACACUAAAAAACCAUUUUGAUUUCUUGAUAAUUUGAGUUCAACUCUGUUAAAACCUGGUCACAAAGUAUUUUGGUAAAUGGAGUCCAGCUCUCUACAUGGAUCCUUUCAAAAUCCUUCCCAUUUCUCUUGAUCAACAGUCCGCGCGCAGCAACUUGCAGACCACUGAGAAAAGUCCGAGGACAGAUGAAACAUAAAUCCGAAGCCCAACGCCUAUAUUUCUGUUUACACCAAAGCCCCAUUUGCCAAUUCUUCAGCUUUGGUUUCCUACCAUGGCUCUCUGCAACACACGAUUCUAUGUUCUCCGAUCACCGACCUUCCUUUUUGUUCAGUUUCAGAUGUUGAUGAUUUUACUCUUAAUAUUCACUCCAUCUGCAGCUUCAUUAUCCUUCAACUUCACCAGUUUCGAUACCAACAGCAGAGAGAUCCAGUACGAGGGAAAUGCUUCUCCCUCGGACGGUGUCAUCCAACUGACCAGAAAUCGAAUCGACAUGUCCGUCGAUCUCAGCGUCGGGCGAGCCACAUAUGAACAGCCAGUGCACCUAUGGGAUAACGCCACCAACAAUCUCACCGACUUCACCACCGAUUUCUCCUUUACCAUCGACGCUAGAAAUAACACCAUCCCCGGCGAUGGACUUGCUUUCUUCCUCGCUCCCAAUGGUUCCACUCUUCCACCGAACUCAACAGGUAGCCCGCUUGGUCUUUUUGAACGCAGACUCAUGUUCAACACGACAGAAAACCAAAUUGUUGCAGUGGAGUUCGACACUUUCAAAAACCCUUUUGAUCCUAGUGACGAUCAUCUUGGUAUCGACAUCAACUCUAUCGAAUCUGUGAGGAAUGUGUCAUGGCCUCAUAGUAUGAAGGAUGGGAGAAGAGCCAAUGCUCGGAUUACUUACAAUUCCAGUACUAAAGAUUUGAGUGUUUUCUUGACGUACGAUGACAUUCCAGUAUUUACAGGGAGCCCCAAUCUUUCUUAUACCGUUGAUCUAAGGGAUUAUCUACCAGAAUGGGUUACAGUUGGGUUUUCUGCUUCUACAGGGAGGCACAACGAAUCGUUCCAGUUGCAUGUCAUCAACUCCUGGGCAUUCUCCUCAAGCUUGGAACUGGGUAACUCAAAUUCGGAGACGGGUGAAGACAAGAACAACACUGGAUUAGUGGUGGGAUUGGUUGUUGGUGCAGGCGCCUUGGUUGCAGCUGGCUUGACUGUGGUAUGGUUAGUUUUCAGGAAGAGGCUGAACAGAGGCAAAGACGAUGACUAUGACAGUGAGGAUGUGAUCUUAGAUGACACCAUGGAUGAUGAAUUUGAAAAGGGAACAGGACCCAAAAGGUUCUUGUACAAAGAGUUGUCUCGCUCCACAAAUAACUUCAGUGAAGAAGGGAAGCUUGGGGAGGGAGGAUUUGGAGGGGUUUACAGAGGUUUCUUGAGUGAUCUCAACUCAGAUGUGGCCAUCAAGAGAGUUUCUAAAGGAUCUAAGCAAGGUGUAAAAGAGUACAUGUCUGAGGUGAAGAUCAUCAGUCGACUGCGACACAAGAACUUGGUGCAACUCGUGGGGUGGUGUCACCAACGAAGUGAACUCCUCCUUGUCUAUGAGUUCAUGCCCAACGGCAGCCUUGACUCUCAUCUCUUUGGAACAAAGGGUUUGUUGACAUGGGAGGUGAGGUACAAUAUAGCUCUUGGCUUAGCCUCUGCAUUGCUUUAUUUGCAUGAGCUGUGGGAGCAGUGUGUCAUUCACAGAGACAUUAAGUCGAGCAAUGUGAUGUUGGAUUCCAACUUCAAUGCCAAACUGGGGGACUUCGGGCUGGCCAGGCUCGUAGACCAUGGGGAAGGAGCACAGACGACCAUGUUGGCUGGCACCAUGGGGUACAUGGCUCCUGAAUGCGUUAUAACAGGGAAGGCUAGCAAGGAAUCAGAUGUGUACAGCUUUGGAGUUGUGGCUCUGGAAAUUGCUUGUGGGAGAAGGCCGGUUGAUUCCAAGGCUGAAGAAGGAAAAGUACGGUUGUUGGAGUGGGUGUGGGAGUUCUAUGGACAAGGGAAGCUUGUUGAAGCAGCAGAUUCGAGAUUGCUAAAUCUGGGUUUUGACGAGAAGCAGUUGGAAUGCUUGAUGAUUGUUGGGUUAUGGUGCGCUCACCCAGAUUACAACCUCAGACCUUCCAUAAGGCAAGCGUUGAAUGUUCUUAGUUUUGAAGCUCCAUUGCCCGUUCUACCUUCUAAGAUGCCUGUGCCCACUUAUUUUGCUCCUCCAUCACAGAUCAGCUUGUUUUCGAAUACAUCAUUUUAUGGGGCAACGGGUUCUGAGGGAUUCCAAGCCCAAUCUUCAUCCGAUGGCUAUACUACCAACUCUUCCGCCAUAUCAAACACGCCUUCUGCAUCCUCUGCAACUUCUACUUCCUUCCUGCAACCACAACCACGUUAAGUGCUUCUAAGGCAGAAUGGUUGGUUGAGGUUCUUUCAUUAGUCGUUUCUUAUCUCGGCAAAUUCAUUGGAUAUUUUAUUAUCAUCCAACUUUUCUUUGUUAAUAUUUAAUUCCAUUUUUUGAACAAAAGUGAGCGUUUUUUGACCUGUAAAAGCAAGUGUAUUUUGAGCCGUGUCAAUUUUUGUUUUUUGGGUUGAUUUGUUGGGGUUGGGGGCUUGGGGCUAUGCAAUUUACGAGUUAUCAAAAUUUGUAAAUAUAAUAAAGAUAACUAUUUGAUAA